ACCCUCACGGGUAAAACUAUUACACUUGAGGUGGAGUCAUCUGACACCAUCGAUCAGGUAAAACAAAAAAUUCAAGACAAGGAAGGAAUCCCCCCGGAUCAGCAACGUUUAAUCUUCGCCGGUAAACAGUUAGAAGAUGGUCGUACCCUCUCAGACUAUAAUAUCCAAAAGGAAUCUACCCUUCACUUAGUGCUUCGACUUCGUGGUGGUAUGCAAAUCUUUGUCAAAACCCUUACGGGUAAAACUAUCACUUUAGAAGUCGAAUCUUCUGACACCAUCGACCAAGUUAAACAAAAAAUUCAAGAUAAGGAAGGUAUUCCUCCAGAUCAGCAACGUUUAAUUUUUGCAGGAAAGCAAUUAGAAGAUGGUCGUACUUUAUCUGAUUAUAAUAUUCAGAAAGAAUCUACCCUUCAUUUGGUUCUUCGACUUCGUGGUGGUCAAUAA